GGGAGACCGGGGAUGGCGCAGGCCCGCGGCUGGGCGAAACGGUACUUCAGGGCCUUCUGUAAGGGCUUCUUCGUGGCGGUGCCUGUGGCGGUGACCUUCCUCGACCGGGUGGCCUGCGUGGCGAGGGUGGAAGGAGCGUCCAUGCAGCCCUCUUUGAAUCCUGGAGGGAGCCAGUCAUCCGACGUCGUGCUUCUGAACCACUGGAAAGUGAGGAAUUUUGAAGUCCAGCGUGGCGACAUUGUGUCGUUGGUGUUUACAGCUCAUUUCUUCUUAUCGCCAAAUACCAUUCCAUCGUCUGGAUGGACCAGAGUGUGUCAUCCAUCACCUCCUGAAGGGCAUCUUGGUCGUUUCCAAGUUUUGGAGUCUGUGAAUAACAUUGGCAUAAUCAUUUGCAAGCAAGUUUUCCCGGGGACGUAGAUUUCCAACUCAUUUAGGAAAAUACAAUGGAUGUUUACAGUUUAACUCUUCAAAAAGCAUGGCUAUGAAUUUUUUAGAGCUAAGAAAUAAACCAUAAAAGAUAGAAAACAUGCUCAUUAAAAUGAUUAUACAUGUUUGAUUCUGAAACUGUUGCCAACAAUGGAAACCAUUUUGGUAAUAAUUUGGAAAGCAAUUACUUUUUGAAAAUUAUUAUUGACUGGAAAAUAAACGUGUAUUUUGUAUGGAAAGUUAUAGAAAUUAAGAGAGGCCAAAAUAGCUAUUUCAGAGCUGUUCCAGGGUUGAUAGAAUAGUUUUUGUUAGUGUUGUAUGAGUUGAAUGUAUUAAUUUUAUGAGUCCAGGCCCUCCCUUACUCCCAAAAGACUAAAACCUGUCAAGUCUAGAAAAAAUAGCUGUUCACUUGCCCCUGCCUCUUUUUGGUUUUUAAACAGCUCUUUUGGAUACUUCUUUCCUGAACAAAUACCUGUUGAGUGGUCUGGGUGUGCUGGGGAUACAGCACUUAGCAAAAGAGACAGGACUGUCCGCCCUCGCGGACUACGAGGUGUUCGGUUCCUGGGCUUGUUUUCUUACCAUGGAGAGGUUUUAUUUAUCUUUAAAUAAAGCUCAUCUGGUUAUACU